AGAUUCUCUUUCUGCUAUCUGAUCUAAGAGAUAGAGAGAUGGAGUUCAUUGGGUUCAUUCAAGUUUUCAACAUCAUCGUCAUCGCAAUCGGGACUCUGUUGUACAUGUGCUGCAGACCAUUUUCUUCUUCGUCUUCAUCUUCUGCGGCUGAUUCUGAUGUAGCUGAUUCUACUGCUGUUGCUGAUGAUGAUGAUGCUGAUAUUCCCCCACGUCGAGAAAAGUAUGAUGUGUUUAUCAGUUUCAGAGCUGAGGACACCCGCCUUACUUUUACCAGCCAUCUUCACGAUGCCUUACUACAGAAGAAAAUUGAAACCUACAUCGAUAACACACUUGAGAGAGGAAAAGAAAUUGGACCUGCCCUUCUAGAAGCAAUCGAGAAAUCCAAGAUUUCGGUGAUCGUUUUCUCACAAAACUAUGCUUCUUCCGCGUGGUGUUUAGAUGAGCUUGUGCAUAUACUCAAAUGCAAGGAAAGAUAUGGCCAGAUGGUUAUACCCAUUUUUUACCACACCAAUGCUUGGGAUGUACGAAAACAACACAGGAGUUAUGGGGAUGCAUUUGCUCAACACCAAAAACGUUUCAAGGUGCACAAGUGGAGGGAGGCUUUGGCGAAUGCAACCAGUAUAUCUGGGUUUCAUCUUUCAGAAAACGCCGGGAUGGAAGCCGAUUUAGUUAAGGAAGUUGUAAAAGAUAUUUGGACCAAAUUGUGUCGCAAAUCAUCCUGUGAUUUAAGGGGCUUUGUUGGAAUUGAAAGCCGCAUUGAGCAGAUCGAAUCGCUAUUAGGCAUCCAUUCGCCUGACGCUUGCAUCACUGUAGGUAUUUGGGGCAUGGAUGGUAUUGGCAAGACCACCCUUGUGGAGGCUCUAUUUCACAGACACUCUUCCAAAUUUGAAGCUUCUUGUUUUGUUAAGAAUGUUAGGAAGAACUCAGAACAAGCAGAUGGACUAGAUCGCUUGGAAAAAGCACUUCUUAAGGAGAUAUUAGAGGAAGAAGUUCUGCCCAGAGGAUCAACUAGGGUUCAAAAAAGGCUCAGCCGCACAAAGGUCCUCAUUGUUCUAGAUGACGUGAGUGAUUCAAUGCAAAUGAAACGUUUAGCUGGCAAUCGUCUUCGGUAUGGCACUGGAAGUAGAAUCAUUAUCACAAGUAGAGACAGUCGCACACUCGAGCAAAUUGUUGAAGAUGAUAAGAUCUACGAGGUUCAGGGAUUAAAAGGGGAUGACGCUCUUCAGCUCUUUUGUUCGCGUGCUUUCAAAAAUAACAGUGCUCGUAGAACAGAUUAUAAGGAAUUGGCAGAAAAGGCGGUGGAUUAUGCCCGAAGUGUUCCUUUAGCUCUUAUAGUUUUGGGGUCCUUGUUCUUCAAUUGCAAAAGAAAACAAGACUGGGAAAAUGAAUUCAACAAACUGGAACAAUUUCCCAGUGAAAGUAUCCAAGGAGUGUUGAGACUAAGUUAUGAUGGAUUGGAAAGACAUGAGAAGGAGAUAUUUCUGGAUUUAGCAUGUUUUCAUCAAGGGAGGCAUGUGGAUAUGGUAAAACGAAUGUUAGAUGUUCGUGGAUUCUUUGCGAGAGCCGGAAUUAGAUUUCUCAUUGAUAUGUCUCUCAUAUCAACUGAUUCAAAACAGGGAAGGGAAACCAUAGAGAUACAUGGUUUGCUUGAAGAAAUGGGAAGGACAAUUGUUCGAGAGCAAUGUAUUGAAGAUCUGGGUAAACGGAAUAGGCUGUUCACUGAUGAGGAUGUCUAUCAUGUACUGAAGUAUAAAAGGGAAACUUCAAUUGUUCAAGCCAUACGGGUUAAUUGGUCUAAGAUUGAAGAGCAACCAUUGAAACAUGCAAACUUCAAAAAGAUGUCUAACCUAAUAAUGCUAAUUGUGGACCAUUCUGGAAUAUUUGACUACAAAUUCACCGAUUCUCUAGACCUUCCCGAUUCUCUUCAUUAUCUUUACUGGUCUGAAUAUCCACUGGAAUCUCUGCCGUCAAAAUUUUCUCCAGAAAAUUUAGUUGAGCUUCAUAUGCCAUAUAGCCAAGUUCAGAAGCUUUGGAAAGAAGACCAGAUACUUGUCAACUUACAAGUUAUCGAUCUGCGUGACUCCAUACAUCUAACAGAAGUUCCAAAUCUCUCUCAGAGUCUAAAAAUUGUGGAGAUAUAUCUCUGGGGCUGUAAAAGUUUGGUUGAAAUUCCUUGGUAUUUUCAACAUCUUGACAAGCUUACUCAUCUUAAUCUUGGAGGCUGCAGCAGUCUCAAGUAUCUUCCAGAGAUGCCAGGAAAUAUUCAAUACUUAGAUUUACAAGAAAGUGGUAUAAAGGAGUUGCCUGAAUCAGUUUGGUCUAACGAAAAUAUUUCUUACUUGAGUAUUAGUCGUUGCAAAGACCUUGAGAAACUUCCAAGCAACAGGUGUAAGCUUAAAGUCUCUGGUAGUUUUGAUCUAGAUCAAUGCACAUCUCUUGGCGAGUUUUUUGAGCUUCCCAUGGAUAUAAGUAGCUUAACAUUGUAUGGUUGCGAGAGACUUGUGAGUCUACCAACCAACAUUUGUAAGUUGAAAUAUCUCGAGGAACUCGAUCUCUUUAGGUGCUCUAAACUUGAAAACUUCCCAGAGAUCUUGGAGCCAAUGGAACAUUUAGAGUCCUUAAAUUUAAGUGGAACAGCUGUUCAAGAGCUACACUCACCAUUCGAGUUUCUCCCUGCUCUCAAAAGAAUUCAACUACAUGGUUGCAAAUGGCUUUCAAGUAUCCCAAGGAGCAUUUGUAAAUUGAAAUAUCUCGAGGAACUCGAUCUCUCUUGGUGCUCCAGACUUGAAAACUUCCCAGAGAUCUUGGAGCCAAUGGAACAUUUAGAGUCCUUAAAUUUAAGUGGAACAGCAAUUAGACAGCUACACUCAUCAAUUGAGUUCCUCACUGCUCUCAAAGAAUUUAACCUCAGUGGUUGCCAGCAACUUGAGGUUUUCCCAACAAGCAUCUACCGUUUAGCCAAUCUUAAACGUCUCUGCUUGUAUGGCUGUUGGGCACUUCAAAAAUUGCCUCUCACCUAUACCGGUUUUCUCUCUUUAGAAGAACUAGAUCUCAGAGACAGCGGUAUAUUGGAAAUCCCUGAUGGUCUCGUUUGCUCAACCUCAUUGAAAAGCAUAUAUCUGUCUAGAACCAGGAUUAGGAGCAUACCUGCAAGCAUCAAACGAGCUUCUCGGUUGUCUAAACUCAACUUAGUCGGCUGCACGCAGCUUCAAUCUUUGCCAGAGCUCCCAGUGCUAUGUAAUGUUGAAGCUGAAGGCUGCACGGCGCUGAAGAAAAUGGCAAGUUCAUGGACAGCACUCACUUGUCUGCCCAAGAAAUAAGAGUGACAAACAGGCAAGGCUCUUAUUAUUUUAGUAUUGUUGAUACAUUAUAAAGCCCAAUGUUAUAGACAAGUGUGUGUAAUAUCAUGUUUGUUAUCUUUGAUCAA